UUGUCCACACAUACACACUCCCGCCAUAUUCAAAACAUGUCGUCUAUUUUGAUGGAAAUCUAAACGAAUAAUGCACCUGUAAUAUUGUAUGUGAUGGAUAUUAUCGACGAAGACUUUGGUGCCAUUAACGAAAAGCAUCAACAGAUUCUGGUAUGGCUGGAGCAGAUGUAUGGUGGGGAGUCGGUGCCACAAUUCGAACUCAACCAGAAGACAAUCAGCAUCUUGUACAAACUGAUGCAAGAAAACCAGCUGCAGGACAAGAAUUGCCAGCUGGUCAUAGAUGACCUGCGCCAGAAAGCGGCGGAGUACGGAGUGGAAGCUCAGAGGCUGUCUCGGGUAGUGAAGGAUGUGAACCUCAGUCAGGGAUGUCUCUCCCAGUCCGGGGUGACCAGCCUCCGCACCCUCGCCAACCUUGCGCUCCUCUUGGACGUCCGAGAUGCCUCCGACACAAGCUACCUACUGGCACUCCAGAACCUGUCCAGUGACCUGAUGAAGACAGCCGAGACGAGGAAACAGGAGGAGACAUGUCUGGCAGAGUUCACACAAAAGUCAAAGGCUGCCCUGCACAAAUACAAUUCAUUACUCAAAACUCUGCAUCACUUGGAGGAGAAAAGUGUCACACAGCGUCCAGAGACUGAGAAGAGACGGAAGAAAGUGAGCUUCUUCGUCGACAAGGCCAAGCAGUACAAGGGUUCCAUGCAGAAACUUCAGGUGGAACUAACCAGGGUGGGAGCUGACCCCUCACUGUACCACCAGACACUGGUGAGGAAAUCUGAGGAACUCCAGGCUCUGAAGCAGAAAAUAGCCCCUCUGAGAACAAAAUUGCAGAUGUACUAUGAUCUGCCACCUGAUUUAUCGCAGACCAAGGUGAAGAUAGAAGAACUCAAACAGCAAGUGAGUGCAUUGGAAGGUGAGCUGACAAGAAGAAUUGACCUGAUGCAUCUAUAGCAAGAUGAGGACAGCUGGACACUUUCUUGCUAUUUCAUUCUUAAUGUUUGACCAGACAAUUGUAUAUUUAUUUGUAUAUAUGAUGUUAUCCUACCUCCAGACCCGCUGUGUGAUGGCGGCACGCUUGAAUAAAGGAAAUUAUUGCUUCA